GAUGCAUCUGAGACUCCACAGACAAAUAUUCCUGGAGAAAAGAGACUUCUUUAGGGGUGUAUCAUAUGUGCUCUUUAUAAAUAAAGGGAAUGUUUGCUUUUUGUGAGAGUAGACUUUGCUCGAUACAAAUGCGACAGACCAAUUGCAUUUAACGUUGGAGGUGCAAGUGCUUUGCUUGGACACCCGAGAUGGCCAAAGUGCGAUGCAUUCAGCGCCUGUCAGGAUGGUUUGUUCUCCUCGGCUUAAUGACACACCAAAGUCACACCAUUGAGACAGUGAAUGUUGUGGACUUCUGUGGACAGACGAUACAGGAAGAUGGCAUGAUUGUAAAGUCCCACCAGGAGUCCCGGAAGUACUACUUCGUCUCCAUGGGGACAGAUUGCCACCUUACCAUGCAGUCCGCAACUCCCCGGGACAAGGUGCAAUUCUACUUUCGCUUUUUCCUGGUUUACAGCCUGCUGAGAGUGUCCCCACACAGCCCUACACCCCACUUCCCAGAAUUUCCCAAGGGGUCUUCAUCAUCUGGCCCAACACGGCUUGACCUUAGCAUGGAGCCAACCACUAGGGAGGGGACAGAGGACCCCUGCCAUGCUGGCUCUUACAUCCAGUUCUACGAUGGGAGGGAUAAGUCUGCACCCCUUAUUGGCCCACCACUUUGUGGAAAGAGCCCUCCCCGACCAGUGCUGUCUACUGGCAACUUUCUAACUCUACGUCUGGUGACCCGAGGAACACAGCCAAGGGUGGACUUUGUUGGAGACUUCACUUCUUUCAGGCUGGGUUUUAACCAAUCAGAGUGCAGUGGACAGCCUUACUUCAAUUGUCGGAAUGGGAAGUGCAUUCCGAUGAGCCUGGUUUGUGCGGAUGACAAAGACAUUGACAACUGUGGCGAUGGCAGUGACUUGAUCGAUUACCCUGGUUGCAAUGGUCCUCUAUCCACACCAAAGUCCCCACAGCUUCGUGUCACCCAACCGGCACCUAUGCUAAAUUCACCCACUCUGACAGUGUCCACUUUAAAGAACUAUGCCACUCCAAACACCAUCCCUGAUCCUGUGACUGACUCCCAGUCUUCCAUUUCUCUACUAGCCCUGUAUGUGGUUCUGGGCGUUACGGCAGGGGGAGUUCUCAUGUGCUGGUGCUGUUGGGCUCCUGGCUGGUUCCUAUGGCGUUUGAGUGUGUUUCGCUUCUUACCCUGCUGCAACUCUUUCUGUGCGUCCUGCCAGCUCUGUGGAAGGAGCUGCUCGCUAAACAAAGACCACCGAUUGGCUAAAGUAACACCAGAAGGAGCGGCAACACCAGUGUCUUCUACCACAACAGUGGCUGUGUAGAUCUAUUCAUCUUACACAAUCGAAAAAGCAAGAACACAUUUAUUACUCCAUAAAGGACUCUCGCUCUCUCUCUAUAUAUGAGACAAUAUAUUGAAACAGUUUUGAAAAUGCUUUUGAUUUUUGUUCUACAAUUGUUGAUGAAGAACUGCAACAAAAUCCACAACUUUUAAUUUUGUGAUAUGUAUUUUAUAUUUCAUAGAUACUGAAUAUAUAAGCUCAGUUUUCUAGAUUAGUCCGUUUAUCAAGUGGCAAAAGGAAAGAAUUCCACUCUAUAUGACCUCAGUGGGAUUCAAGCUAACAACACUAGAGUAAUUCAGCAACAACAUUUCCAAUAAAUGCUCAAGAGAGCAUUAUUAUUAGCAGCAUUUUGCUGGAAGUUGUUGGUCCAGUAAAUUGUAGUAUCAAAAAUGCUGUGAACAAGUUUAAUUUUUUAACCAAUCUGUUUUAGCGUGCUGAACAUGUGACAAUUAUUUUUGUGUUUAAAUUAAAUACACUUGUCUACAUACAGUAUAUAGUUAA